CAGUGGGUUAAAGGAGGCAGAGGCACAGGCAAAAAUCAGUCAUCAUUUUUCUAAAGGACAAACUGCUUCAUUUCACUUUUUUUUUUUUGUUACACUAUUUCCUGUUUACAAAAUGCCUCGCAUUGAGAAUGACAUCAAGCUGGACUUCAAGGAUGUGCUCCUCCGUCCAAAGCGAAGCACACUCAAGUCUCGGAGCGAGGUGGACCUGAUGAGGAGCUUCACCUUCAGGACCUCCAAAGGGAGCUACAGAGGGAUCCCCAUCAUUGCUGCUAACAUGGACACUGUGGGGACCUUUGAGAUGGCCCUGGCCUUGCACCAGUUCACUCUCUUUACCACAAUUCACAAGCAUUACUCUGUGGAUGACUGGUUGGAGUUUGCAGCAAAGCAUCCCGAAUGCCUGGAGAGUGUAGCAGUCAGCACAGGUACCGGUGAUGGUGACUUUGAGAAGAUUUCAGCCAUCUUGGAGGCAGUGCCACAGCUGCAGUACAUCUGUGUAGACGUGGCAAACGGCUACUCUGAACACUUUGUCCACUUUGUCAAAGACGUCAGGCAAAAGUUCCCCUCACACACUAUAAUGGCAGGAAACGUGGUCACUGGAGAGAUGGUGGAAGAGCUGAUCCUGGCUGGCGCUGACAUCAUCAAAGUAGGCAUCGGACCAGGCUCUGUGUGCACCACCCGCAAGAAGACAGGGGUGGGGUACCCCCAGCUUAGUGCUGUGAUUGAGUGUGCAGAUGCAGCCCAUGGACUGGGCGGCCACAUUAUUUCUGAUGGGGGAUGCACUUGCCCAGGAGAUGUCUCAAAGGCAUUUGGUGCUGGGGCAGACUUUGUGAUGCUGGGUGGUAUGCUGGCAGGCCACUCAGAGAGUGGGGGCGAGGUCAUUGAGAAAAACGGCAAGAAAUACAAGCUGUUCUAUGGAAUGAGCUCCGACACAGCGAUGAAGAAGCAUGCUGGCGGCGUGGCUGAGUACAGAGCAUCGGAGGGGAAGACAGUGGAAGUCCCUUACAAAGGUCCGGUGGACGUGACAAUACGAGACAUCCUGGGCGGGGUGCGCUCCACCUGCACCUAUGUAGGGGCAGCCAAGCUAAAGGAACUGAGCCGCAGGACCACCUUCAUCAGGGUCACCCAGCAGCUCAACAUGGUCUUUGGCAAUGACAGCUGAAUGUCCAGCUCAGUCCUGCUUCAGGUCGAAGGAUUAGACUGCAUCACUACCUGUCUGACUUCUAAACUUCUAGAUGCUGGUUUGUGUAUUAACCAUGUGUAAAACCAAGUGAACAGACACAUAUAUUAAUACUUACAUUUGAUAAAAAUAGAAGUUUUUCAAGUUGGAAUUUGAAGGCAAUUUUAGUUUAUCAAGCAACAAUGUUACUUUUUUUUGUACAAGCCGGAGAGUGUUUCAGGGGUCAGAUUCUCUACACAGUGAUAUGUAAGCUAGAGCAGUAGCUCUGCAGUCCUUUAAUGUCUGCUGUCUCAUCAUUCCAAUGCAAGGUCCUUAGCUGUUCUUUUUACAUGUAUGCAAAUCUUAGUCUGUCUAUAAACAGUAUCUACAGCAUGUCUCUGCUCUGUGCCGAGAUCGUACUGUAAGCCUUCAUCACCUAUAUUUAAAAUUAUAGCAAAUGUUAUAAAUUAUUUAGAAAGCCUAAAUAUGUAUGUUACUGCUGUAGCUAAUUGUUUGUAGUUCAUUUUUAUUUUUAUUUUUUUUUAAUUCAAUCAUUCCAUCACUCAUGAUGUUUUGCACUUUGAGAUUUUAGAGUCAAAUAUUUAGUUUCCGUUACUGUCUCAUGGAAAUGUUUUGAGACUAUAGUGUCAUAUGUUGUUUCCGGCACCUACUACUGCAUUAUGUAUCUUGCAUAAUUACGUUUUCUUAGAUAGUAGGUGAAUUCAAUUUGGGAGAAUUUACAUAUGACCCAGUGAGCGCUGAAUGCUAGUACAGUAUGAGAGCGCAUACAGUAUCUAGUUACGAAGCAGAGGUGUUAUCCGUUAUAAUAUGCAGCUUUUCUCUUCUCUGGUCAAUACCAAAGUUUGUGUGGGCCUUUUUUAGUGCUGUACACAUUCAAAUGAAUUUAUGAUUCAUAGCCUCUAAGUGGUCGUUCCUUGGAAUUAGACUUAGAAGGUUUGCACCGUCAACACUGGGUAUGGUUUCACCCUCACGCAGUGUCUGUAGUUAUUCCAUUUCAAGCUGUUCUUACAUGGUCUGUGUUGUUUCAUUUCUUUCUCACUUUGCUGUGAUGUUUUUAUGUGGGCAAAACAUAAAACUAAAAUGCAGUUUUUAAUUCUUUUUUUUUUUUCCACUUAACCUUCUAUCCAGUCAAUAA